AUGAUCGACUUGAUGGGCCUGGUGACAUGCAACGGCAAUCGUGCGUUCGACGUGACGAUGCUCAUCGGCGAGGGCCUGCUCUUCAACCUGUACCCGGCGUGGAUGGAUGCCUACUUGUCGUCCAACAUCGAGCUCAAGUACUUUGAGAAUCCUACAUCGUUGGCGAUUGCCGACUUGCAAGCUUAUACCGUGGACUUCGGCGCCGUGACCGGAUCGUUGGCUGAGUUCACCACCGCCACGAAGCGGGACAGUUCGGACGUGGUGCAGGUGCCGGUCGUGGCUUACGCCGUAACCGUUGGCUACAACAUCCCGGGGCUGCUUGGCAAGGGCGCGUUGGUGCUCAACCUCACCACGCUGGCUGACAUCUUGCUGGGCACCGUCGGCACCUGGAACCACGCGGCCAUCCGCGAGCUCAACCCCACGCUGACCAGUCUCCUGCCCAGCGCGCCCAUCACCGUCGCCCUUCCCGGCCAGACUCCAUUGAUCAUGCGAGUCCUGAUCAAGUCGCUGCGCGCCGCGAGCGCUCUCUUCGACCAAACGGUGGGUCCUGAUGACGACAACCUGCACCUGCCAAUCCAAGACACCGGACGACUGGUCAUCAACGUGAGCGACCCGACACCGACACUGUCCAGCACCACCAACGCCAUGGGCGUGUGGCUGCACGAGAAGCUGAGGCUCAACCGCAAGCUGGGCGUGGCCGACUUCGUCAACCCGGCAGGCAACCGCUCGGCCAUCAACGAUUUCAGCGCUGACGCGAGCGUGGUCGAUCUCAUCAAUGGUGCGGGCGCGAAGAGCUGGCCGAUGGCGACCUAUCACCAGUUCAUCGUCCACCACACGACCAUGCCCGACUGCGUCAAGGCGCGCGGUCUCGUCGACUGGAUCUUCUGGACCCAGACCGACCCCACGCCCUGA